AUGGCAGAAUCGGGGUCCCUGCCCACCGGCUUCAGCGAGCUGGAAGUGUUGGCUGUGGGGACGGUGCUGCUGGUAGAAGCUCUCACUGGCCUCUGCCUCAAUAGUCUCACCAUCCUCUCUUUCUGCAAGACCCCGGAGCUGCGGACCCCCACCCACCUGCUGGUGCUGAGCCUGGCUCUGGCGGACACUGGGAUCAGCCUGAAUGCCCUCGUUGCAGCCACAUCCAGCCUCCUCCGUGUCUCCCACAGGCGCUGGCCCUAUGGCUCGGAAGGCUGCCAGGCUCUCGGUUUCCAGGGCUUUCUGACAGCACUGGGCAGCAUCUGCAGCAGCGCGGCCAUCGCCUGGGGGCGCUAUCACCACUACUGCACACGCAGCCAGUUGGCAUGGAACACGGCCGUCUCCUUGGUGAUCUGUGUGUGGCUGUCUUCUGCCUUCUGGGCAGCACUGCCCCUCCUGGGCUGGGGCCACUAUGACUAUGAGCCUCUCGGAACAUGCUGCACCCUGGACUACUCCAGGGGGGACAGAAACUUCACCAGCUUCCUCCUCACCAUGGCCUUUUUCAACUUCUUCCUGCCUCUCUUCAUCACGCUCACAUCCUACCGGUUCAUGGAGCAGAAACUCAGGAAGACGGGCCACCUCCAGGUGAACACCACAGUGCCGGCCAGGACUCUGCUGUUCGGCUGGGGCCCCUAUGCCGUCCUGUAUCUCUCUGCCACCGUCACGGAUGUGAGCGCCAUCUCCCCCAAGCUGCAGAUGGUGCCUGCCCUCAUUGCCAAAACAGUGCCCACGAUCAAUGCCAUCAACUAUGCCCUGGGCAGGGAGAUGGUCCACAGGGGAAUUUGGCAGUGCCUCUCACCACAGAGAAGCGAGCUGGACCGAGCCCGGUGA